AUGCGACCAUUCGUGGAAGGUCACGGUUACUGGCUGUGCGUUCCGAAACCGUGGAACGGACGUAGAUUCACGAAUCCGGAAGAGCGAGUAAAUGCCAGCGAAUCGAGAAUGUCGUUAGACGACUUUCACUGGCUGCAAAAAGACGGAAAGAUCACCAGCAUCACUCGCGUUACAGAGAAGGACAGUCAUUAUUCGUAUUACCAAAGCGAAGAUGAAGAUCCUGUGGAUAUGUGGAAUCGCUCCAUUGAAACCUCAGUGGCUUGUCAAAGUCCAAAUGCUCUUUCAUCAGCACUUUCUACUUCAUUAUGGAACUCCUCUUCACGUAAGAGGGUACACCUUGCAUCAAAAGUAUCUAGGGAUCAGGAAGUUGUUGAAAGUCCAAUCGCAGCCAGUACGGCUAUUCGACCAAUUGUGGAACCGUCGCAUGUAGAAAUUUCAUGCGAAGAUAUUGAACGUGUUUUUGAGGAAUCACCAUUGGUGAUAAGCGUUCCCAAUGUAGAGCUUUCGGAUAAAGCACCUCUUAAUAUAGAAAAUGAUGAGAACUCGCCAACACCUGCAUUUUCGUCCGAAGAUUCGUCAAAACAGCCACUUCGUCAGCGGAUGCCAGUAAGACUGAUACCUUCACGAUCGACAGUAAGACUUCUAAAAGCAAAAGCCAUUUUGUUCAAAAAUCUAAGAAUAAUGAGGACUCAAGAUGCGAAUCCAGAACUGCUACAAGACCAAGUUCGCGAAAGAGGAAGGGAAAGUCGUUUGCAGUUGUUGAGAGCGAAGUUGUGA